CCCUAAGCUGAGCACUGAGGGCCGGAGUCAGGGCGGUUUGAAAGUCUGGCGCGCAUCGCAGGAGCGGAGGUUUGGCUUGCCACUGGGAUGUCGGUGUUGAGGCCACUGGACAAGCUGCCCGGCCUGAACACAGCCACCAUCUUGCUGGUGGGCACAGAGGAUGCUCUUCUGCAGCAGCUAGCGGACUCGAUGCUCAAGGAGGACUGCGCCUCCGAGCUGAAGGUCCACUUGGCAAGGUCCCUCCCGUUGCCCGCCAAUGUGAAUCGGCCCCGAAUUGACCUGAUUGUGUUUGUGGUUAACCUUCACAGCAAAUACAGCCUCCAGAACACAGAGGAGUCCCUGCACCAUGUGGACACCAGCUUUUUCUUGGGGAAGGUGUGCUUCCUCGCCACAGGCGCUGGGCAGGAGAACCACUGCAUCAUUCACCGUCACACCGUUGUGAAGCUGGCCCACACUUACCGAAGCCCUCUGCUCUUCUGUGACUUAGAGGUGGAAGGCUUUCGAGCCACCAUGGCACAGCGCCUGGUGCGCAUGCUGCAGAUCUGCGCCGGCCACAUGCCUGGUGUCUCAGCCCUGAAUCUGCUGUCCCUGCUGAGGAGCUCCGAGAGUCCCUCUGUUGAGGACCUAUGAGGGCCACUGGCCCCUGGGCUGCCCCUCUCCACAGCCUGGUGCCAGCUCCGUAAAUGUUUGCUGUUGGUAAAGACCAGUCAGAGCUUGACAGGCCCUGGGUCAGCCGGCCAGUGGUCUCGCAGGCUCCUGCGGGGCCUGUGCUCCAGCGGGGAGUGUGGGGCAGGAGCGGGAGGGAGCCCAGCUAGUGGGACUCCAGCCCCCGCCCACGCUCACUUGCAGAGCCCUGUGUCUGUAACUAUCUGACACAUUACAUCGCCACUUAAGAUUUCAUUUGAACAAAGGGUCUGUGGCUAAAAAUUUUGAAAAUCACUGGUCUCAUCUACUGCGUUGACGUUGCAGAUGAGGAAACUGGCUCAGAACAAUUAAGAGUGGGCUGGAGCAGGGAGCAUGGACUCCUGAGCCCAGUCUGACUCACAUGCUGGCUCUGCUGUCACAGAACCUCGCUGUUGCGUCUUGAAGCUUCAGUUUCCCCAGGUGUCAAUGGAGAUGGUUCUGCUCACCUUGUCACGUUGUGAGGAUUGAAUGAAAUGACUGGUGAAGAGCCUGAGACCUUGUGACUCCGUACACUUGUUUGUGUAUUUGCCGAAUUUCAUAAUGCAGUGUGUUAACGCCUUGCAUGGUGCCAGGUAGG